AUGAUGCAGCACAUGGUGCGAGCUCAUCGUCACAACAGCCAGUGCGACCAUGCGGGGCAUCUACCCCAAGCUACGCUCUUUAAGGGUUUCCUGUGGAUGUUCGACGCGCGGGAGACCGACCCCUUCGCGCUGGAAUGCAGCCCGGCGCAAGCUGAUGCUGCAGCUUUGGACUGGCGAUCUGUGACAGUUGUAGAUCUGGCGUUGGAAGUUGGCGCCGAAGUCUUUGUGCAGACUGUACAGGCACUCGUGGCCCUCGCGGCCUUCGGCCAUCCGCGUGCCAUCCGCUCAACACCCGCCCGCAGGAAUUCCGCGCUGCGUCAGCACAAAGGUGACCCAGAGAAGGCUGCCGCCGAGGCUAUCGAAGAGGACGAUAGCGCAGAGCUCCACGAGCGGCUGCUUCGACUGGUGCCCGUCAUAGGACUGCCAGCGUCGUUGCUGUACCCGCUGUGGACACUGCUUCGCAGGACCUGCCUCGUUGCCAGCCUCUUUGGACAUGACCUGCAGCAGGAGGCCGUGUUGGCCGAGGUCCUCGUCGCCGCUGGAGGACUCGGAACAGUGCCCGCAGCAGAGCGGCGUCUGGAGAUUGCCGCCAAAGCAUUCUGGCAGCGCAUCGCCGGGCGCUGGGCAAAGUCCUUGCCUGUGGCAACUCUCCUGUCGGAGAUUCUCGACGUCCAAGGCAAUGCUGCCAAGCUGGUUUUGCAGCAUUUUCGCAAUGGACCCGGUGUGCAGGACUUCAGCCAAGGGCUCGAUCCCGAGCCGACGAUGGCCGACAUCUUGCAGCUGCUCCGUGACACCGGGAGGCAAACUCUGGAAGCAGCAGCCGGUAUGUCCAGGACAUGGCGUCCCGAGGCAUGA